CUGCUGCAGCCCGCAGCCACCACGGGGUGUCGGAGGAGAAAGGAAUCUAAAGACAGCGAAAAGGGGACGAGGACAGAGACACAUGCACCUGCGCGUCUUUGUCAGUGUGUUUGUGAGUGUGUGUGUGUGUGUGUUUGUGAGUGUGAAGUAGAAUGACGCACACGUACACAGCUUCAGGCAGAGCAAGGAUGGAUCACGGGGAGGAGUUUGUGGAUAUCCUGGAGGAGAGGAGGCGCAGCUGGGACCUCGGCCAUGCCCUCAGGACCUUCAAACCGCACCCCUACCAAGGAGGACCACCCUGCUCCACGGCUGAGCUCAACAAAGCCGUGCUGGAGUCCCAGUAUCUCCGCUUCGUGGCCGAGGAGAUGGCCACGGAUACGGGGUCGUCGGUGGUGGAGGUGAGGGAACAGGCUCGCAGGCUUUUGGAAGAAAUGUCUCAAAACCUGCAGCUGAGCUCUAUCCGGCUGAUGGGCUACACCAUCACCAAGGUGGCCAAGAGGCUCUUCCGCAGCAUCUACGUCAACAUGGAGGGCCUGAACAAGCUCCAAAAAGCCACCCAGGAGACGCCUGUCAUCCUGAUGCCCAAUCACAAGAGCUACCUGGACUUCUUAGUCAUCUCCUACAUCCUGUUCACCUACGACAUCCCUGUUCCUGUUAUCGCUUCAGGAAUUCCUCUUGCAGGGAUGAAGAUGGUGGGAGAGAUCCUGCGUCGCUCGGGGGCGUUUUUCAUCCGCCGCGCCAUCGGCUCUGACAAGCUGUACUGGGCAGUGCUGUCGGAAUAUGUCAAAACCAUUGUCAGGACAGGAUACGCUCCCCUGGAGUUUUACGUGGAAGGGAUGAGGAGUCGCACAUUGAAGUCGCUGACUCCGAAGUUAGGUAUGAUGCACAUGGUGCUGGAGCCCUACUUUAAGAGUGAGGUGUUUGACAUCACACUGGUUCCCAUCAGCAUCAGCUACGACAGGGUGCUGGAGGAGUCGCUGCUCGCCCACGAGUUGCUGGGUGUCCCCAAGCCCAAAGAAACCACCAAAAGUCUGCUGAAGUCCACCAAAGUGCUCCAGGAAGAUUACGGCGCCAUGCACGUGAACUUCGGCCAGCCGAUAUCAGUCAGACAGAUGUGUGAGGGCAAGAUCAACCGCUGCCAGUACAACCUCACACCCAGGGAUCUGCCUCAGACGCCCACUGAGGAGGCUCAGGCCUGUGUGAGCUGGCUGGCUCAUCUCGUGGUGCGGGUCCAGGACGAGGGCUCUGUGAUCAGCCCGUGGUCUCUGAUGGCCUGCAUGUUGCUCCAGGCUCCGAUCACAGCGCUAACAGAGGAGGGUCUGCUAUGGCAUCAGCUCACUGGAAAGACCCUCUGGCUCAGGAAGCUGGUGCUGGACUGCGGAGCUCGUCUGAACUGGCCUGCACAAACCCCUGACUCGGACGUGAUGUCCUCCGCCGUGGCCCUCCAUCGCUCCUUAGUUCAUCAGAAAGCCGAGCUUGUCUACCUGGUUCAGGAGGAGGAGCCGGCGAGGAGGCAUCCAAUCAGCCCACAGGAGAGGGUGAUGAGGACAGCGUCCGCGGUGCUGAUGCUGGCCUCCUACAGGAAUCAGUCGCUGCACGUUUUUGUGCGUCCGGCCCUGGUCGCCACGGCCUUACACAUUACAGAGAGCACACAGAGGGACGAGCUCUUCGCCUUCUACUGCUUCCUGCAGGAGCUCUUCUCCUACGAGUUCGUCUCCAUCCCGGGCGAGUUGUCUCAGGAUUUUGAGGAGGCGUGUUCCCUCCUGAAGAAAUGUGGAGCCGCCCACAUCAACCAGCAGGAAGUGACGCCUUCAGAGGGGGGGAUGGAGACGUUAUUGUUCCUGCGGGCUCUCAUUCAACCCUUCAUAGAUUCAUACCAGGUGAUGCUCAGGUACCUCUGUGAAGAAGGCGUUCAGGUGCUCACAGAGAAACAGUUCCUACCUGCGGUUAGAAGCCUGGCUACAAGGCUCAUCAUCUCAGGUGAGCUGGACACCUAUGAGGCCCUCUCAUCGGACACCCAGAAAAACCUAUUGCUGGCCCUGCGGCGGCUGGAAGUUGUGACAAAGUCCAGGGCCUCCGAGGAGAACGAAUUCAACGUGAACACAGCUGCCGUCAGAACAAUUGCAGACGUGCUUUCUGGGAAAAUCCCUCCCCAGAUGCUCCAGACGACACCUGACGCAAGACUUUAGUCUCCGUUUGGAACGGAUCCAUCUUCUGGAAUCAGCCCCUAGUCCUGUUAACCCCUGCUUGACCCUUUUCACCCUUCCUGUCAUCACAUCUUUGUACCUCCUCCUCACCUUCGGUCUGUGCCUUUUCUGAAGCCAUCACCAAUACAACUGCUGAGACAAAAUAUAUCUAUUCAGGAUACGUAGCUUGGCUGCUUUCUCUGGGUUCUCUGGGUUCUUGUUCUCAACCCUAACUUGUCUAAAAGAACAGGGCUAAGAUAAAACGCCAAAAAGUGUUUUUCUGGGCCUCUAACUUUGCCAUAAUGAAUGAAUAACUUACUUGUGUUAAUGUAUUUGUAACAUUCUGUCUUUGAUUAAUUAUUGAUUGACAUGCUGACAUAGUAGGUGCAGUUAGAUAGUGAUGCACCGAUAUAUCGGCCGAACAUCGGUAGCGGCCUUUAUUCGCCUUGUUUCGGUAAUAGACUUGACUUUCACCGUUAUCAUUGGCCGAUGUUCAUUGGUACUUGUGGUAAAACCGCUGGGCACGUGCCACGGCUGGGAGAGCAGUUUCCCCCCUCUCCACGCCGCCGGAGGCUCGUGUGGGUCCGCCUCAAGGUUUUUGGGGGACGAGGUCCUCGUCCGCGGUGCCUCACAGUGUCGCCGAUGCGGAAGGCAGCCGUUAAAGGGGUUCGGCGGCGGCGAACCCCUGGGCCCUUCUCGCGGAUCACCUCAGCUACGCUGGCGCCUAGCAGCUGACUUAGAACUGGUGCGGACCAGGGGAAUCCGACUGUUUAAUUAAAACAAAGCAUCGCGAAGGGCCCACGUGGGUGUUGAUGACGCGAUGUGAUUUCUGCCCAGUGCUCUGAAUGUCAAAGCGAAUUAACUAUUGGCACUCAAAACAGGUCAAUCUGAGGAGGGCUGUUUUAGACAGGGUAAAAACGUGCUGUUUUAAAUGAUCCUUGUGGUAUUUUGACCAAAAUAUGUUACAGACAUUUCAUUAAGACCCCAAGGAACCAUAUCAACUGUGAUGAAAUGGGCAUAAUAUGUCUCCGUUAAAGUUUAAUUAAACCAAAGAUUGUUUCAUAUAUCUGAUUGAAUUUGUGCUCAUUAAAGAUAAGAGUGAUAAAGGGCUGAAAUAAUUUAAAAUAGUGCUUUUUAAAUAAUGAAUUAAUUAUUAUCCUGGCUAAAAAGGGUGAAUGAAUAACAAGAAAAAACAAAAUAAACAAACAUCGGUAUCGGCUAUCGGCCUAGAAUUUCCAUAGCGGUGCAUCCCUAGUAACAACGCAACUAUGUACCAAUGUCCAUGUAGCGAUCAAGGUCUAAUUAAAAUAAAGAUGUCAAAUCAC